AUGGGAAAAGUCUUGAUCACCAGAGGAGGUGGUUCGGCUGCUGCCCCUCGCCAUAGUGAUCAUUGCGGGGCGUGUUUUCUCUAUUUCGGGAUCGGGAUGUUUUCGGAGGAUUACGAGAUCCCUGUGUGGAAAUUGAUCCGCAUGUGGAUUGCCGAAGGAUUUAUCCAACAAAAAACCGAUCGUACUCUGGAGGAGACUGCAGAGAGCUAUCUCGAGGAGCUCAUCAGCCGGAAUUUAAUUAGGGUCGAAAAGAGGAACCCCAAUGGCAAGGUCAAGACGUGCCUCAUCCACGACAUGCUCCGUGAGUUCUGCAAGACUAAGGCCGGGAAUGAGGGAGAAAAUUUCCUCCAGGAGAUUAAAAAGUCGAGCGAGGGGUGCUUCUACCCUCUUGUUUGUGAUCUGGAGAAAUAUCGUCGGCUCUGCAUCCACUCCGACGUUGUGGAGUUUGUCUCCUCUAAGCCACUCUACGGACACCGUAUCCGCUCUAUGGAGCCUCGAGGCCCGGGACAUCACUUCCCGAGGCUCAGGCGGCUCGAGCUGAAGAACUGUGUGGAGCUUGGGGAGAUACCAAUUGGGCUGGCGGAUGUGCCGAGCCUGAAGUUGUUGGACGUUUACUGUUGUAGAUCUGCAGCUGGGUCCGCCAAAAGAAUCCGUGAGGCCAUACUGAAGAAGAAGCAAGAGGACCAAACUCAAGUUGGCGGAGAGGGCAUGUUCAAGCUCACCAUUUUUCCUCCGGACGCGCUUGAUCCGGUGGCGUCCAAGUACGUGCUGAGAAGGAAUUUAUUUAGGUCUGAUAUAAACAAGAAAGGCACUGCCGAUGGAUCUAUCAAAGUUCCAAUCUUUAUCUUCUGCCGCCAUGGAUGCCCCCACCCCGCUUCCAGUUCCUUUCUCAUCAACACCGUCGCGCACCUCCACGACCUCCGUAGAGAUGGCGAGAAAUCAUUGAAUGAAUUGGUGGCUAGGAUUUACCGCCCUCGACUGAAGUUUCGUUGUCCGAUCUACGACGGAUGUGAUGAUGGGGUCGUCGUUGGCGAUGGUGCCCCGUAUUGUUCCGUUCGCCUAACUAAAGAACCGAUAAGGGAGUUCUGGGCAGUUAGAAGCGACUCGCGCUACGCAGUUAAACUAGGAUCAAUUCAUACCAGACGAGGAGUCAAUUCGAGGUGUAAUUCCGCUCGCUUGCUAGCCGUAAAGGAUAGUAGGUACCGGCCUACGCGUUGCUUAAUACUGUUUCCGUGCCUUCAAAAGGAGCUCCACGGUGCUGGUCCUACAACAGUUAUCAAUUCUUCAUCUUACAGCACACAACCGGUGGCGAUGGCGAUGGCGGACGCCGCCAUAGAAUUCUUGCUGGAGAACCUGAAGCAGCUCCUCCUGACCAAGGCGGAGCUGAUCAGCAGCUCGAAGAGCCAGGUUGAGCGGCUCGAGAAAGAUCUGUGCCUCUUCAACGCAUUCCUCAAGGACUCCACCAAGAAGCGGCGGAAGGACCUCCGCCUCCGGGAGCUUGUCCGGCAGAUUCGCGAUGUCGUGUACGAGGCGGAGGACGUCAUCGACGCCUUUGUGACCCAGGCGGCGGAUACCAAGUCGAAGAAUUACUUCCUCAGGUCCAUGCACAAGCCGCUCAAGCUCAUGAACAUCGUUGAGCAGGUGGAGGGCGUCCGGGCCAAGGUCAACGAGAUCUAUGGCAGCGAUAAAAGCCUCAUCGACUUUUCUACCGGAGAUGAAAAUCCGGACGAGGUCGAGGAACCAAUCGUGAGACAAAAAAAUGUGGCCGGUUUUGAGGACGAGGCAGAGAAAAUAAUUGGGUACCUCAACGAGAAGACCGAACAACUCGAUGUCAUCUCCAUAAUCGGCAUGCCCGGCCUUGGCAAGACGACCUUGGCAGGAAAAAUCUUCCGUGAUCGGAACAUCCAGUUCGAGUUCCCCACUCGCAUAUGGGUCUAUAUUUCCCAAGAAUUCACGAAGAAAGACAUCUUUCUAGCCAUCUUAAAAGAGUUUACUAGGAUCACUGAGGACAUUUACAACAAAAGUGAUCGGGAGCUGGCUCAACUGGUGGCGUCUCAUUUAGAGAGAAGGAAAUUCUUGAUUGUCAUGGACGAUGUGUGGACAGCCAACGAUUGGGACAAGCUUCAAAUCGCUCUUCCAAAGGGCAACAAGAUGGGAAAAGUCUUGAUCACCAGCCGCCAUGAGGAGGUGGCUCAGUACGCCAACCGGGAUAGGCCUCCCCACAAGCUGCGUUUCUUGACUCAAGAUGAGGGUUGGGAGUUGCGGCAACUCGAGGUCUUUGGCAAGCGUGAUUGUCCUUCCGAUCUUGGGGUUUUUGGGAAGUUGAUCGUCAACCAGUGUUGUUGGCUGCCCCUCGCCAUAGUGAUCAUUGGGGGUAUUCUAGUCAAAAGAUUCUCAUCGUCUGAUAGUAUCAGCGUGAAAUGGAGCGCAUGGGAAAAGGUAUCGGAGAAUGUGCACAGUUACCUCACGGAGGAGGACCCUGAGAAACGCAUGGUGAGGAUUAUAGCCAUGAGUUACGAUAAACUGCCCUAUCACCUGAGGGCGUGUUUUCUCUACUUCGGGAUGUUUCCGGAGGAUUACGAGAUCCCUGUGUGGAAAUUGAUCCGCAUGUGGAUUGCCGAAGGAUUUAUCCAACAAAAAACCGAUCAUACUCUGGAGGAGACUGCGGAGAGCUAUCUCGAGGAGCUCAUCAGCCGGAAUUUAAUUAGGGUCGAAAAGAGGAAGCUCAAUGGCAAGGUGAAGACGUGCCUCAUCCACAACAAGCUCCGUGAGUUCUGCAAGAGUGAGGCCGGGAAUGAGGGAGAAAAUUUCCUCCAGGAGAUUAAAAAGUCGAGCGAGGGGUGCUUCUACCCUCGUGUCUGUGAUCUGGAGAAAUAUCGUCGGCUCUGCAUCCACUCCGAUGUUGUGGAGUUUGUCUCCUCUAAGCUACUCUAUGGACACCGUAUCCGCUCUUUCGCCUGUUUCUCGAAAGAGGAGAUCAACCUCCCGGCAUCGAGUCUCUCCAACAUCCCCUCGGCCUUCAAGCUCCUCCGGGUCUUAGAAGCCAAGCCCAUGAAGUUCACCAAGAUCCCUUCCGAGCUGUAUCAGCUGUUUCACCUGAGGUACAUCACGCUGUCCUCCACCUCGCCCACCCUUCCCUCCUACUUCGCCAAAUUCUGGAACCUGCAAACCCUGGUGGUCGACACCCCAUCCCGUACGCUCGACAUCAAAGUUGAUAUCUGGAAAAUGACCCAACUUAGGCACAUCAAAACGAACGCAUCCGCAUCCCUGCCUGCACCCAAGGCAGCGGGCAAAGAAGGCGAGAAGCUCCAGACCCUUGGUUUCAUCUCGCCGCAGAGCUGCACGGAGGAGAUCCUCAACCGGGCCCGCAACCUCAAGAGUCUCGGCAUUCGUGGCCGCCUGGACAUGCUUUUAGAAGGAAAAGUCGGCCCGGCUUCCGAGGGCCAGCUGCGGGUCCUUCCUCAGCAUUACAAGUUCCCGCCGAAACUCCGGAGCCUGACUCUCUCUGAAACAUUUCUCGAAUGGAGCCAAAUGUCCACCUUGGGCUUGCUCGACAGCCUCGAGGUGCUGAAGCUGAAGGAUGGGGCUUUCAAGGGAAAGCAUUGGGAGGCGGCUGACGGGGGAUUCCGCCGCCUGGAAGUGCUGUUUAUUGGGCCGACAGAUCUGGUCGUGUGGAAGGUCUCGGGACAUCACUUCCCGAGGCUCAAACGGCUCGAGCUGAAGAACUGUGAGGAGCUUGGGGAGAUUCCAAUUGGGCUGGCGGAUGUGCCGAGCCUGCAGUUGUUGGACGUUUACCGUUGUAGAUCUGCAGCUGGGUCCGCCAGAAGAAUCCGUGAGGCCAUACUGAAGAAGAAGCAAGAGGACCAAACUCAAGUUGGCGGAGAGGGCAUGUUCAAGCUCACCAUUUUUCCUCCGGACGCGGUACGCGACUGA